CAGAGGGAAGCGGGGCUUUGCUUGCGGCGCAGGGGCUGGAGCUCGCCGAGUGCUUCUUGGAGGAAAUACUGCAGCCUUCUGGACUGCGUCUGCUUCUCGAGGGAGAGGCUGGCUGGGUAGUUCCACCCACCGGCUGGGAAGGAGGGGGUUUGAAUGAAAGACAAGACGAGCCCUAAGCACCAUGCCACUCCGUAAGGGAGACAGCAGCAACUAGGCUGUUGCGAGCCAGACGCUUUUAAUUUUGUUUGUUUUGGUUUUUUUAAAUUUUAUUUUAAUUUUUUUUAAUUUUUUUUAUCUUUAUUUAUUUAAUUUUUUUUUUUUUGGCCGGGGUGGAGAGAGAGGGCUUCUCAGCAAAAGAGAGCGAGAGCCAGCUGAGCUGCAGCGAUCUGGAGUUCCCCUGUCUUCCCGAUUUCUCCGACAGGACUUCCACCCCCCACCAACACCCCCACCCCCGCUUUACAGACACUGGCAAUUGACAUUACUCAAGCGAGGGGGGGCUACGCUGGGGAGGAGGGUGCAGGAGAGCAAAGCAACAUUUCACCCCUCCUCCUCUUCCUCCUAUAUUUUGAUUUUUCUUUUUAACAUUUUUGUGUGUGCGUGCGUGCGUGUUUGCUUGGUUUUGCUUCUUGCAGUGUCUUUUUUGGAGGGGAAGUGGGGGCAACUAGCGAGCGGGUUCCGAAGGCGAGGAAGUCUGGAGACCAGCGAAGCUUCCUCAGUCCUGUCAGGAAUAGUGGCUUGAGAGGAAGAAAGGCCUGGGGCAAGUACAAGCCCUGCCCUCGAGUUCCCUGCAUCGGAGAUCCAGAUUCCAGCUACAUGGGCAAACGCUUGGAACAGCAACCAAUGUACCCUCAGUACACUUACUACUACCCUCAUUAUCUCCAAACCAAGCAUUCCUAUGCACCAGCUCCCCACCCCAUGGCUCCUCCCAGCCCUAGCACGAACAGUAGCAACAACAACAGCAACAGCAGCAGUGGUGAACAGUUGAGUAAAACCAACUUGUACAUCCGAGGCCUUCCACCAGGCACCACUGACCAGGACCUUAUCAAGCUGUGCCAGCCGUAUGGAAAAAUUGUUUCUACAAAAGCAAUCUUAGACAAAAACACAAAUCAGUGCAAAGGUUAUGGUUUUGUAGAUUUUGACAGUCCAGCAGCAGCACAGAAAGCGGUAGCAUCUCUAAAAGCAAAUGGAGUUCAGGCCCAGAUGGCAAAGCAACAAGAGCAAGACCCCACGAAUCUUUACAUCUCAAAUUUACCCAUUUCCAUGGAUGAGCAGGAACUGGAGAAUAUGCUGAAACCCUUCGGACAUGUCAUUUCCACCAGGAUAUUGAGAGAUGCGAAUGGCGUCAGUAGAGGAGUCGGCUUUGCCAGGAUGGAAUCUACUGAAAAAUGUGAAGUAGUUAUACAGCAUUUUAAUGGAAAGUACCUGAAAACCCCACCUGGUGUGCCAGCCCCAACGGAGCCUUUGCUGUGCAAGUUUGCUGAUGGAGGGCAAAAGAAGCGGCAGAAUCAAAGCAAAUACACACAGAAUGGGAGGCCGUGGCCGAGGGAAGGAGAGGCUGGCAUGGCCUUGACAUACGACCCCACAGCUGCUAUACAGAAUGGAUUUUAUUCUUCACCGUACAGUAUUGCAACAAACCGCAUGAUCCCACAGACAUCUAUCACGCCAUUCAUUGCUGCUUCCCCUGUCUCCACAUAUCAGGUUCAGAGUACUUCAUGGAUGCCUCAUCCGUCAUAUGUUAUGCAACCAACAGGUGCUGUGUUAACGCCAACAAUGGAUCACACAAUGUCCAUGCAGCCAGCAAGUAUGAUGGGCCCCUUGACACAACAGAUGAAUCAUCUUUCCUUGGGCACAACAGGAACGUAUAUGACAGCUGCUGCACCUAUGCAAGGGACCUACAUUCCCCAGUACACUCCUGUGCCUCCAACAGCUGUCCCUCUUGAAGGUGUUGUUGCCGAUACCUCUCCACAGACAGUAAGUUCAUCACAGGAAGCCAGUGGUCAACAGCAACAAAUGGCGGUGGAAACAUCCAGUGAACAUGCAGCUGCAUAUUCCUAUCAACAGUCAAAGUAAGCUGAUGAUGUUCAUUGACCUGUAGAACAGACAAUAAACAGGACUGAGAAUGUUGGUCUGAAAAGUUUGCCUUGAGUGGAGAAACUUCACUGAACAAGAAGUUGGCUUCCAGUUUGCACAGGCAUCAACAGAAUUUUCUUUUUCAUUUUCUACCUUACCCAACAACAACAACAAAAACUAAACAGUGUUUCUAUGUGCUGUGCAAAUUGUUCAGUCAUGUAGUCUGAUAGUUUUAUUUUUGCUAUUUUUUUAUUAAAGAAAAAAAAGAACCCCGUGACCAAACACUGGGUUUGAUAUUUCAUCUGGAUGAACAUUUGAAAUUCAGAAUUUACUUGGAAGUGUAGAUAGAUUUUUUUUUUCCUGAAACAACAGAGAAGCCGACAAUGUCAAGAGGGAGUAAGCAAAAAUGGAAAUUAAUGGUCUUCCUCAAGAAAUCAGCUACUCUUCCCCCUCCCCCUUCUUGUUGAAAUCCGAUGUGUCUUUUAUUUUUGGAUGUUUUUUUUUUAACAGAAGUUUAGGUAAGGUUUAUCUUUAAUCUUAAUUGCCUUAAUUUUAAGGACGUCAAAAGCUCUCGAGGCAAAGCUGUCAGCGUCUUGGUAGAAGAAAGGAGAAUGAAUUCAAGUGUACGCCGGUGUCAACUGGUGCUGAAGUUUCAUAGACUGGAUUUUUAGGGUGAACAAAAUAUAUAUAUAUAUGAACUGUGUCGUUUAGCAGAAAACGUGGUUUUUUUCUUCUUUUGAAGAAAACACUGUUGAAAAAGGAACUGUGGCGACUUCAAGAAUCAAAUAAAAUGCUGAGACUUUUAUGAACUUUCUUAAGUGUUGACAGAGAAGAAUCUAGAAGGCUAAAGUGUUUUCAAUAACAUUAUUGAACUGAAGCAGGGGAAUCAGCUUGCAGUUUCAAGAAUGUGGGGUUUUUUCCCUUGCAGGAUGGAGGGGUUUUUUUUUUAAUUUACAAAGCGUGAUCGCCGGCAAAAGCGUUAGUGCUUUUUAUCUGCAGUCUUUUUUAUGAGCUUUAAAAAGUUUUUAGUCUGCUUUGCUUGUCACAUUGCAAACACCUAGCUUAAGAGCAUUGGGGGGGGGGGACUUAACGUAGAUAGGAGCUUAUGGUCAAAAAAGUGCAAAAAAAAAGCAAUAGCUAGAAGAAAUUGUUGACAAUUUCUGUAGUCUUUCCUAGUUGUGAUCAAAUGCAGCCUAUGGAUGGCCUAUUUUAUACCAAAGAUGAAAUGACACCCUACCACAGUCCAGAAGAUAGAGGGGUUUUUUUUUUCUUAUUUUCCUU